CCGUUGGUCACCGAGAUUACAAAAAACGUUCAUGUUUGGUCACUAGAAAUAUUUAAAUCCAUUUGUGGUACCUAACUUUACAAAAACCGUUCACUUAUGGUCACUCUCCCUUAGCUGUCGUCCAACGCCGUUAAUGGCGUCCGUUAAGUGAUGGCGUGGCUGACGGAUUCGCCUAAUCAUCACUUUUUAACCCGAAAAUAGGCUAACCCGACCCACCACGUCAUUUAACCCCGCCAGCUCAUUUAAACCUAACCAUGGAAGAAGAAACCAUCCCACCACCACCUCCCACUUACACCCUCACUGCCUCCUCAAUCUCCUACUCCAAACAAACCUCCGCCGCCGCCGCCACGUCAUUCCUCUCCUUCCUCAACUCUUCUUCCACCACAACCACCACCACCAUCAUACUCAACCAAGUCACCUUCACCGCCUAUCCCGACCGUGAUCCUCGCCGUCAUCGGCCAUCAGGCGCCGAAAAGUCCACCCUCCUCGACAUACUCGCCGCCCGGACAUCCCCCACCGCCGGCUCCCUCCUCCUCAACUCCACCCCAAUCACCAACUCCUCCUCCUUCCGCAAGCUCUCCGCUUACCUCCCUCAACAUGAUGCCUUCCUCCCCCUCCUCACCGUCGCCGAAACCUUCGCCUUCUCCGCCUGCUUCCUCUCCUCCACCUCCACUUCCUCCAUUGCCGCCGUUCACCGUGACCAUUUGCUUUCGCCCUUUUCAUGCAUUUCAAAGUAGGGUUAGGGUUUUGGUGCGGAAAUUGCAUAUGGGGAUUUGGAGAUUAGGUAUUAUCUUGCUCCUGCAAAAUUAGAUUUGUUCGAAGGGAUGAAGCAAGGGACUCCCUGAACACAAACCUUUUCCACUCGUGGAGAUUAUGUAUUAUCUUGCAAAAUGAGAUUUGUUCGAAGGCGGCACGGGAUGGAGAAGGGGAACGUGCUGAGGGGUUUUAGAAAUUAUGUUUUGUUUAGUGGCGAGUGGGUAGUUUAGUUGGUGGGUCGGGUCUGGUUUGGCUAGAGGGUUGGUUAGGUUUAGAUGAGUUGGCGGAUUUAAAUGACGUGUCGGGUUGGGUCAGCUUAUUUUCGGGUUAAGAAGUGCUGAUUAGGCGAAUCCGUAAGCCACAUCAUCACUUAACGGACGCUAUUAACGGCGUUGGACGGCAGCUAACGGAGAGUGACCAUAAGUGAACGGUUUUUGUAAAGUUAGGUACCACAAAUGGAUUUAAAUAUUUCUAGUGACCAAACAUGAACGUUUUUUGUAAUCAUAGUGACCAACAGUGCAAUUAACCCCCAAAAAUAUC